AUGAGCGAUGCACCGGGACUCGUCCAAUUCUUGACUGCCCUAGGGGAAAUGGCACAGAGAGCAUCAACACCCUCAACAUUACCCGUGUGGCAAAGGGAGUUGCUUUUUGCAAGGGAGCCACCACGUGUAACAUAUGCUCAUCGCGAGUACGAUAACAUUGAAGACGCCAAGGGUACAAUCAUCCGGCAGGAUGACAUGACACAUAAGUCAUUUUUCUUUGGCCCUACCGAGCUUUCAGCCUUACGAAGGCUUGUUCCAGUAGAACUACAAAGCUGUACCACCUUUGAACUGCUAACAGCUUGCGUCUGGCGCUGUCGUACCAUUGCUCUCCAGCCUGAUCCGGAAGACGAGAUGCGCAUCAUAUGCCUCAUGAAUGCACGUUACAGGUUUAAACCACCCACCAUCCCUAUAGGAUAUUAUGGAAAUGCUUUCGUCAUGCCAUGUGCCAUUUCCACAGCUCGAGAACUAUGUAAAAAACCAUUAGCUCACGCCUUGGAGCUGGUGAGGAAGGUCAAAUCUGAUGUCACCGAAGAGUACGUGAGAUCUAAUGCGGAUCUAAUGGUUAUCAAAGGACGACCCCUGUUCACAGCUGUUGGAAGCUUUAUCGUAUCAGAUGUGACUCGUUCUGGAUUAAAUGACGUUGAUUUUGGGUGGGGGAAGGCGGUCUAUGGAGGGGUUGCCAAGGGGGGAGCAGGUUCUUUCCCCGCUGUUAGUUUCUUUAUAGCUUUUACAAACCAUAAGGGUGAGUCUGGAAUCGUGGUACCCAUAUGUUUGCCAAGUGUCGCAAUGGAGAAAUUUAUCGAAGAACUAAAUAGCAUGUUGGUGCAAGACAACAACAAUCAUGUGCUUCAAGAACACAAGUUACUUGCUAUUUCAAAACUAUAA